AUGCUGAAGAAACAGGCGCUUAGCGGAAUUCGCCAGUUUUCUUUAGCAAGCAAAUCCCCUUUUGUUACGAACAGAUUACAAAACUCUAAAAAUGCAUUGCUAAAUGCCACAAAAUUUGCAAGCCUUAGAUGUGCUUCCACGGAAGCCGCUAAGCACAACAAGGGUACCAUCAAACAAGUUAUUGGUGCCGUUGUAGACUGUCAUUUUGAUGACUCCGAGUCUCUACCUAGUAUUUUGAGCGCCUUAGAAGUCGAUGUGGCUGACAAGCGUGUUGUCUUGGAAGUUGCCCAACACGUCGGUGAAAACACCGUCCGUACUAUUUCUAUGGAGGGUACCGAAGGUUUGGUACGUGGUGCCAGCGUUACCAAUACUGGUGCUCCCAUCAGUGUCCCUGUCGGUCCCGGUACUUUGGGUCGUAUCAUGAACGUUAUUGGUGAACCCGUCGACGAGCGUGGUCCCAUCGAAGCUGUUAGAUACUCCCCUAUUCACGCUGAUGCUCCCUCUUUCGCUGAUCAAUCCACUGCUCCCGAAGUUUUGGAAACCGGUAUUAAGGUCGUCGACUUGCUUGCCCCCUAUUCUCGUGGUGGUAAGAUUGGUCUUUUUGGUGGUGCCGGUGUCGGUAAGACUGUCUUUAUUCAAGAAUUAAUCAACAACAUUGCCAAGGCUCACGGUGGUUACUCUGUUUUCUGUGGUGUCGGUGAACGUACUCGUGAGGGUAACGAUUUGUACCACGAAAUGCAAGAAACCGGUGUCAUCAAAUUAGAGGGUGACUCCAAGGCUGCUCUUGUCUUCGGACAAAUGAACGAGCCUCCUGGUGCCCGUGCCCGUGUCGCUUUGACUGGUUUGACUGUCGCUGAAUAUUUCCGUGACGUUGAAGGUCAAGAUGUCUUGUUUUUUAUUGACAACAUUUUCCGUUUCACUCAAGCUGGUUCCGAGGUGUCUGCCUUGCUUGGUCGUAUUCCCUCUGCCGUCGGUUACCAACCCACUUUGUCUACUGAUAUGGGUUCUAUGCAAGAGCGUAUUACCACUACCAAGAAGGGUUCCAUUACUUCCGUCCAAGCUGUUUAUGUCCCAGCUGAUGACUUGACCGAUCCUGCUCCCGCCACUACCUUCGCUCACUUGGAUGCCACCACUGUCUUGUCUCGUGGUAUUUCCGAGCUUGGUAUCUAUCCUGCCGUCGAUCCUCUUGACUCCAAGUCUCGUAUGAUGGAUCCCCGUAUCAUUGGUGAAGACCACUACAAGCUUGCUGGUGACGUUCAACAAAUGCUUCAAGAAUAUAAGUCUUUGCAAGAUAUUAUUGCUAUUCUUGGUAUGGAUGAAUUGUCUGAAGCUGACAAGUUGACUGUUGAGCGUGCUCGUAAGAUUCAACGUUUUAUGUCUCAACCCUUCGCUGUCGCUGAAGUUUUCACUGGUAUUGAGGGUCGUUUGGUUUCUUUGAAGGACACUAUCCGUUCUUUCAAGGAAAUUGUUGAAGGUAAGCAUGACAACUUACCUGAAUCCGCCUUCUAUAUGGUCGGUUCUAUUGACGACUCUAUCAAGAAGGCUGAGAAGAUUGCUCAAGAGCUUAAGGAGUAA